GCCAUCGAAAUUUUCACGGCAAUUUCACAGUGUGAUCGUUGACCUUUCUUCAAAACUGCCAGAUCAUUAGUAUGAUAGAGCAGCGCCGCAAUAAACAAUUUACAAUUAUGCAGUAUUGCAUCGUAUACAAUACCGUGUACAGUGUAAAAAUAUUACCAUAGUCUAAUGCUGUAAAUAGAUUAUCUUGCGUAGUUAUGGCUGCACUAUCUAUAAUUAUCCUAAUUACCUACAUAUAUUCCCCACUGGUUUCCGGUUUUGUAAUACGUCAUCGUCAUAUGCCCAUCAAACAGGGUGUUAAAACCGUCCCGGAAUUGUUCACCACCGCGGAUCAGGCACCGACUAAUGUAGCGUUCACUGCGCAGAAAGGUGUUAUCGAACGGACAUGCCGAUCGGCGGAUGCCGCGAACAGCGAUAUCACCGGAAUCUGCGUGCCGCUCAGUCAGCUGGAUACCCGUUGUGCAGAUCAACAGGUGUCCACAUCAGCCGAUUGUACAGCGAGUGCCGGUUCAGAUGGGGAAGAACGGAGUUUCUGUUGCUCCAGCGACAGCGGUGCCACAGCGCGCGGAGCAGCCAAACAGUCAGCUACCACGUCUUCUUAUUACAACUACCCGUCCGCAUAUUCCACACAGCAGUCGCCUGUUUCUUCCUAUACACCGGCCACCCCAACGGGCGCACCCACUUCUCCACCGGCUGCCGCGCCGGAAUUUCUCAAUUCACAGCGUGCUACGGUGCGCGAGCAGCAGUGCGGUAUUCCCAACGGUGAUCCCAAUGUGUACAUCAGCUACGAACAACUGAAGCUACGCCAGACAUUUCGCCGGGUACGACUGCGUCCGGGCGCGGAGCGGGGUGUGGUACGCCAUCGUAAAGGCCACGCUAACGCCAACCGGGUCCAAAUUGCCCAGACUAUUGUGGGCGGGUUUGAUGCGCCAAACGGGAGCGGAUCCUUGUGUUGGCAAGUGGCGGUAACCAUCUACGACCUGACGACCGGCUUCACCUACGGCUGCGGCGGCAGUAUCGUGGGCAUGUGGACGAUCGUCAUCGCCAGCCACUGCCUGAUCGACACCACCGUGGCCGCCUUCAACAACUCGGCCAACAUCGUUUUCGUCGACAUCGGCGUGAUCACGCACAGCACCGUGGACGGGGACAACCCCUUCCCGGAGGUCGUGGCCGGCUGCCACCAGAGUUACCGCGUGGCUCAGGCCAUCCCCCAUCCCAACUUCACCCUGGACACCUUCAACAACGACGUGGCCCUGCUGAUCCUGGAGGAGCCCAUCGACUUCCGGGUGCACGGGGCUUGCGCCUGUAAACUGUGCCUGAACCGGCACGUGCCGCCGCCGGGGGAGCGCUGCAUCACCUCCGGCUUCGGCAGCGAGGUGGACGCCGAAUUCGGGAACGUCACCAACCCACGGGUCAACAUCCCGCUGAAGUACGUCGUCCAGACCAUCCUCCCGCCGAGUUAUGAUAACUGCUCGUACUUUGAGUCGAACACCGGGGAGCGGACGGAUCUCAGUCAGUUCCUGUGUGCCGGGGGCGUGGUGGGGGAGGAUUCGUGUCAGGGGGAUAGUGGGGGCCCGUUGUUUUGCUAUAAUGCCACGACGGGGACGCAGUAUCUAGCGGGGAUUGUGUCUAGUGGGACCGGUUGUGCCACCGGCCUCGGGGGACUGUAUACAAAGGUGGCCCGCUUUUUGCCGUGGAUUUUUAAUACGGCACCGUUAGGUGAUGUGACUAUCAUGGUUUGAGGUUGUAUU